ACUCUCUUCAUACUUCUCUUCUCUUUAUAGACACCCAUUCACAGGAUCCCAACAGACCCAAAGGGAUGAAUCCCAAAGGGGAAAAGCCGAAGUCGAAGAUUUCGGCUUCCCGCAAGCUCUCCCUCAAGAUGCUCCUCCUCACAAGAGCCUGUGAGGAUUUGGAGAGGGAGAAGCAAGAUAGGGAGGAGGAGAAAGUGCGCUAUAUAGGAGAAAAGUUGCCCCCUUUGCAACUUUCUGGGUUACCGCUGAAUGAACUACAAAAAUUAUGCCAGGAGCUUCAUACAAAAAUCGAUGUUGUGGACGAGGAGCGAUAUGACUGCGAGUCGAAAGUGGGCAAACACAACAAAGAUAUCCAUGAGCUGAAGUUGAAGAUACAGGACCUUGGAGGCAAGUUCAAAAAGCCUGCCCUGAGGAAGGUGAGGGUGUCGGCAGAUGAGAUGAUGAGAGCUCUCCUGGGCUCCAAACACAAGGGCUCGAUGGACCUCAGAGCAAACCUCAAGUCCGUGAAGAAGGAGGACGGCAAAACGGACAAGGAGCUCACUUCUGAAGUGGGUGACUGGCGUAAGAACGUGGAGGCCAUGUCAGGCAUGGAGGGCCGCAAGAAGAUGUUCGAUACAGCCGGAGGAACACAGUGAGACACUAUGUGGGGGGUCCUGCAAGUGACGAAGCUGGUUAAGUAAGAACAGGGAAAAGGAAAGUAGUCUAGACAAAAAGUAUUGAAUAGUUAUAAGAAGGCUAAAUGACUUGAGGUGUAGGAAUCAACGGCUCGAAUACAUCAGCUGUGCCUUCAUUUGCUAGAUGGCCAUUUUCUGUGCAAUGACUCAAAGCACUUAAAGAAAAGUGUAGAAUGAGUAGAGACCCAUUGUUUUUUUAUUACAAAAGUACAUUAUUCUUGUUUUGUUAUGACAUCUUUAGACAAUUAAAAUGGAUUUG